CGCUCUGGUCUCUUCACUUUUCCCCCAUUCUUCACUGUCUCUCUCUCUCUCCAAUGGGGCCUUUCGCUUCACCUUCACAACAAUGGCGGUUUCUCCUCAGCCUCCUCGUCUUGACAACCGUCUCCCUCGACGAUUUCGCCUCCUUCGCGCGCGCCGGCCUCCCAGGCACGUGGGAGCUGCUGGUGGCGGACGCGGGCAUCGCCUCCAUGCACACCGCCGUCACCCGCUUCAACACCGUCGUCCUCCUCGACCGCACCAACAUCGGCCCCAGCCGCCUCCGCCUCCCCCGCGGCCACUGCCGGCUCGACCCUCGCGACGCAGCCCUCAAACGCGACUGCUACGCUCACUCCGCGGUGCUCGACCUCGCCACCAACCGGAUCCGCCCCCUCACCAUCCUCACCGACACCUGGUGCUCCUCCGGCCAGUUCCUCCCCGACGGCUCCCUCCUCCAGACAGGCGGCGACCUCGACGGCUUCCGCAAGAUCCGCCGCUUCGCCCCCUGCGACCCCGCCGGCGACUGCGACUGGGUCGAGCUCGACCAUGCGGAGCUCUCCGAAGGCCGGUGGUAUGGCACGAACCAGAUCCUCCCUGACGGGUCGGUGAUCGUCGUCGGCGGCCGCGCAGCCAACACCGUCGAGUAUUACCCGCCGCGGGAGGGGGGAGCCGUGUUCUUCCCGUUCCUCGCCGACGCCGGGGACAGGCAGAUGGACAAUCUGUACCCGUACGUCCACUUGCUGCCCGACGGCCACCUCUUUGUCUUCGCGAACGACAGGGCGGUCUCCUUUGACCACAAGCUCGCUCGGGUGGUCCGCCAGUACCCGCCCCUGGAGGGCGGCCCGCGCAACUAUCCCUCGGCCGGCUCAUCCGCGAUGCUCGCCCUCGAGGCCGGCUACGAUACUGCCGUGAUCGUGGUCUGUGGCGGGGCCCCUUACGGUGCGUUCAUCGAGCGGAACACGGACUCGCCGGCCCGCGGCAGCUGCGGCAGGAUAGUGGCGACAGCGGCUGAGCCUUCGUGGGAAUUGGAGGACAUGCCGUUCGGCCGGAUAAUGGGCGACAUGGUAAUGCUCCCGACCGGCGACUUCCUGAUAGUCAACGGAGCUCAGGCCGGUACGCAGGGGUUUGAGCUGGCCUCCGACCCGUGCCUCUUCCCGGUCCUCUACAGGCCCGAUCAGCCCGCCGGGCUACGGUUCAUGACACUGAACCCAAGCACUAUCCCCAGAUUGUACCACUCCACGGCCAACCUGCUGCCGGACGGGCGGGUCCUGAUCGCCGGGAGCAAUCCGCACUACUUCUACAAAUUCAACGCUGAAUUCCCGACCGAGCUGCGGAUCGAGACGUUCUCCCCAGAGUACUUGUCGGCUGACCGGGCGAACAUUCGGCCCUCACUGGACGAAAUUCCGGCCAUGGUCCGUUACGGGGAGGCCUUCGACGUGUGCGUGUCCGUCGAGUUGCCGGUGGUGGGUAUCGUGGAUGUGAACUUGAACAGCGCGCCCUUCGCGACGCACUCGUUCUCCCAGGGUCAGAGGUUGGUCAAAUUGGCCGUGACGUCAGCCAUCCCCGACGGCGAUGGCCGGUACAGGAUCAGGUGCACAGCGCCGCCAAACACGGCGGUGGCGCCGCCCGGUUAUUACAUGGCGUUCGCGGUGAACCAAGGCGUGCCGAGCGUGGCACGUUGGGUGCAGUUAAUAGCAUAAUCUCUUUUGGUGGGACUAUUUUUUUUGUUUUUUUA